AUGAACCGCACAAAUUCUCCAUUAGAUGAAGCGUAUGCGACAUGCAGUGGAUUGGAUUUAACUUUAAAAGAUCAAUCUGUUUUGGAAUCCCAUGUACAAGCCUCAUCGACACCAAGACGAUUAAAUUAUAUCCCAUCAAAAACUCUUCACGAACAAAACGAUUAUUAUUGUUCAGAACAAUUUAACGCCGAAAAUAACUCUUUUAUCAUUAGUGAGCAUAUAAACCAAGUUCAAAAUAGUAACGAGUCUCUAGAGAAUAAUAAACAACUUGAUCAACGACUUGGAUUUAACUAUAGUUCAGGAUCAUUUAACAGUAAAGGUUCAACUGUUUCUUGUUACCACUCGGUGCAAUCAAAUAAUUUGGACUAUAGUAAAGAAACUGCAAAUCCUGAUAAACUAAGUCCCCUUGACUUACGUAUUAAGUCAUUCUCGGAUGAUAUUAACUUGAUUAAUAACAGAGACAGUGGAUAUUUAGUUAUUACUACAGACACCAAAACAGAAUGUGAAAUAUCCACCCAUAUAUUCUUAUCUAAUCAGGCGAUACCUCAGAUAAAGCGUUCAAAUAUUGAAAAACAAACGGGUAGCUCCUUCAACAUCCAGUCCAUACUAGGAGUAACAGAUCAAUUUAAAGUAUUUUCUGAAACUACCAGUAAUACAGAUAGUAAUACAAAUGAUGAUAACAUAAAAAAUAAUAAUAUAGAGAUAAUAGAUCGAACAAAAGCCUCAAAUUCUUUUUUCGAUCAGUUUCUAGUUGGUUAUUUGCAAGCAAUGAAUCCAUUACUACUGAGUUCACGUGGAAUUCAAAUGCAGAGUGUAAUUACACCACCACAACCGGUGGACACUACUGUAACCAUACAGUCUACAAAUUCAGUCUCGACGACACUCCCGUUAAAUGAAACAGGUACUGUGAAAUUCUCAGUUAAGCAGCGUGCAAAAAAGUUGAAUCCUACUACAUCAAUGUACAGCAUAACUAACGGUAUGACCAAUAGACAAUUAGACGUGAAAAAUAAUGAUCCCAUUCAUGGCAGUUUAAAACAAACGGAACGUAUUCAACAAUCAAUGAAGAAUGUUUACGAUUUGAGUGGUUCAUCGCUCUCGAAUGAAGAUGAUGUAAUAACUAGACAACGAGCCAAAACGUCUGACGUAGGAAAGACACCUGUUAUUCUUUAUUGCCCCGAACCAUCAGACAGCAAAACAAAAGUGAAGGCCAUGCUGGAACGGAAUGACCCGUGUUUAAAAUAUGUCAAUGAUGGAGCUGCGAUACGCAACCCAUUUGCUAUUGAUCGAAAAAUUCAACUGGUCCAUUUAACUUCACUAUUAUGUGUCAAACUUGAUAAUGGUACAUAUUUGUGCAAAGGAUGCAACCGUACAACUAAACGUUUAAGACCAAUGCAACAACACUUACUAUCACACAGUGCAAGUAAAUUCAAUCUGUGUGUUAAGUGUCUUAAAGGUUUCAACGAUAAGUACGAUAUGAAACGGCACACACGCAAACAUACUCUUGUACGCCCGUAUGUCUGUCCAGAAUGCGGACGAUCAUUUAGCCAGCGUUGUUCAUUAGAAGGUCAUCGACGCAAAAUACAUAGGAUUCAGUUGAAUUAUCCACCAAAUCAACGUCGUGAAAUAGUACGUGUUUGUGAAACCUGUGGUUAUUCAUGUCCUAAAUUAUAUGAUAUGUUACAGCAUACAUUAAAUAAUCACCCAAACAGUAACUGUUUACCAAGACUACAACGCCAAUUAAUAAGAUAUAAAGAAAAACUCCAGAGUACUUCACUUACAUCAGAUGAUGACAAUAUAUACGAGAUACGCUAG